GGCCUCGGGCACAGUCGUUCGUAGAACUCGAGGCACUCGAGUGGUCUAAUAUAUUGAAAGUGUGACCACAGCUCUCUAAAACGAGAAGAAUGAUGGCAUCGCUCAAGCUGUCCACCAUCCUACUACUGACAACUCUGGCCGUGUUUAGCGCGGAAGUCGCCUCACAAGCGGAAAUCGGCUCUCACUCCAUCACCGUGGGCAUUCGCGAGCAAAACGACAAGAUGAUUCACCAGGAGCACAUAUCAGAAUCGUUCCUUAUCACAGGCCAGAAAAAGAUCAUCGAGCGCGUGAUUCGCGCAUCGGAGAACCAUGUGAUUACCAUGGUACGAGCUAUCGACGACGCGACCGAUGGAACCGGUGCCGAGCCCAGUAUAACCAGCGGAGGACCAGGCUCCGAUUGGGUUGCCGUCAGGUUUAAGAGCCAGAGAUUACGCGGCGUCUACUUUAAUCUCGAGGUCUAUGCCAAGCCCAGCUACUAAUUCUGCUAUAUACACACGUAUAUUGCGCGCUGCAUGCUAGUAUCUUGUCUAAUCUUCGUCUAAUAUUAUUCUACAUUUACCUAACUCAAUUAGUUUAAAUCUCAUUAGAGGUAAUGAAUCUCAGUCUUUUCAGCAAAUAUUUACUUAAAAAAUAAAAUGAUUUCCAUUCAAAUGUUUGUCCAAAUUUUUAUUAUUUAUGAGAAAUAAAUAAAUUUCUACUU